GGAACGAAUGGAAACGAUUUUACGUUGUUACUUUCUUGGAUUGACUAUCAUUAAGCUACAGUGUUGGAUGUACUGCCGCUGGGGUUUUAAAAAUGAUGCAGACGUUAUGCAUUCUGUAUGAACGACACACGUGUUCGAUGUGCAUGCGAAGUAAGGCAGCACUCUAUGUGCAAAAUAUUACGGAUACCUUGGAAAAUCUUUCAAAGAAUAAAUAUAUUUUGUAUUUUAUUGAUUGUUGAUUCCUUUAUUAUUUAUUACAAACAUUUUACUACAUUGUGUAGUUCAUGCAUUCAGAAGUCCGUGCAACCUGAAUGCCUCGAUCAAAAAGCAACCGACCGUAACUUUAUCAACCGGUAUAUAUACCCCAGUGACAGUAGAGGAGCGAUCAAAACUAAAAAGGCGACCAAAUGCUUUUAUGAAUUCAUGUCAGCUUUAAGAUCUGAAAUCUACGGGGUCUCUUGGAGAAGUGCAAAAGAUCAUUGAUAAGUGUCUUCUCAAAAAAUGGAACUCAAGUUGCAUUCGUCCCAUUGAAGAGUGAUGACACCGACAGGAAAAAUCCCGGCAUUGCUCUUAAUUUUGUUACGAGAAUCAUUUGGAAAACUGGAUGAGGUUUACCUUACAAAAACUAGAACAAGGCUAGAUCUUGUUGAACCUUCCUUGUCGAUUUGGUCAGGUCCUAUAUUUGGGAUAUUCAAAUGCAGUUUUAUCUGCCUUCAGGAACCACAAUGUGUAUCAUUACUGUUCAACGAAACGACAAAAUUUUGCAACCUUUUCAACGUAAUAUACGAUGGUGACGAAAGUGGAAACGUGGAGAAUUACUAUAUCAUAAGUGGGAAAAGUACACAGUUUGUGCCAGCAUCCUGCUUGGACAUCAUUAUAUACGCUAACAUAACGACAGAUGGAGAAUAUUGGAUUUAUCCAAUGGCAGCCAAUGGGAGGCGAACCAAUAUCUUUUGUCACGACAUGGCAAAUGAACCUUCACAUUUCAUCACCUUAAAAUACACGAACAGCUUUGUUCAACACGAUGGCUCAAACUGGAUAGUUUCUGAUCGAACAUGCCAAUCCAGUCUGAAUCCUCCUUUAAAACAAGUGGAGUUUACCAAAAUUAAAAUACAAAUAGAGGACAUGGUGGUUAAUGGAACAGACUACACGUUCACUUCCGUGAUAGGAUCACCCACAACUAAGUACGGAGAGUCUUGGGAUUGUAACGGACCCUACUAUCUUAAUCCAUGUCCUCAUUUUGGACAUGCGGUCAUUGACACUAGAGGAACUGGACUGAUUGUUGACCCUAGCAUAACGUUUGGUUUACUUGCGCAACAUCAGGCUGAAAUGAAAGACUUCAUCAGAUCAGCUGACGGUUCUCAGAUAUCCUUCCUGUGCGCUGGGUGGUGCAGCAUAUGUGGACCAAAGUCUGGACCAAUCAAAUUGCUUCUUUCUACGGAGUUUAUUUCAGCUACUGAUGCACAGCCCGCAAUUUGUCGCAAGUAAAAGAUGUUUUCCGGUUUCAGGAUCCAUAUCCAUAAUAUUUUCAAAUUUUGUGCUUUGUUUGAAAUAAGUCAUAAUUAUUGAUUUAAAAAACAAAGUCUGAUUUUUGUAUAAACACAUUUUUUGAUUGUAGAUCAUGAAUAUUUGUUGUAAAUAAGAAAAAAUAAUAUUUCCCAUCAAAUUAACUGGAUAUAGUACAUUCAAGUACAUGUAGUACUCUAGCGCAGAUCCAGGACCAUGUAGAAAAACACCCACGACUUGACUUCUAAUAACUACAGAGCCAAAGUACUAGUAUCUACAUUUACAGUACUGUAAAGGUGGUGAUUUACGCGUGGGGCAAGUUACACGGUAAGCUAAAACCGCUUAAAAAAUCCCCGCGUAUAGUAAAGGUGGCAGGGGACAGUUUUUUUAUACAAUUCAUUGUAGCCAAGGGAUGCAUGUCUUCGGAACUCUGUAACUAGAAUUUCCUCAGUUCCCAUUCAGCACAAAUACCUUUAAUUCACUCUUUAUAAGGCCAAUCACCAAUUUCUGAAGAA